AUGAGUACCGACAAUAGUGGUAGGGUAAAAAAGGCAAAGACUAAUACCAAAAAAGUACAUCCUUUCAAUAAGAUCGGUAGGAUCAAUAAUCCAAAAAUUGUUAAUUUUAGUGAUAAGCAAGAUGAAAGUGAUUCCGAUUCUAAUCAUGUGGAAAACCACAAAACUCUGAGGAAUAAAGCAAGGCAACUACUCAAAAUAAGAUCAGCAUUGCCCGUCUUUCAAAAUAAAGAUGAAAUAAUGGGACAUAUUGAAAGAAAUCAAGUUACUGUGCUUAUUGGUGAAACUGGUUCUGGUAAGUCGACACAAAUUCCUCAGUUUGUGCUGGAACAUUUAUAUAAGGUUAACAGAAAGGGAUCUAUUGCUGUGACACAACCUCGUCGUGUUGCUGCCAUAAAUUUAGCAACACGUGUGGCUAGUGAAAAUGGUUGCAAUGUUGGAGACAGAGUGGGCUAUUCUGUGAGAUUUGAUAAUACUACCAGUGCAAAGACAAGAAUAAAAUAUCUUACCGAUGGUAUGCUACUUAGAGAAUUAAUGAUGAACAAUUCCUUGAAAGAAUAUGAUACUAUAAUUAUUGAUGAAGCCCAUGAAAGAACAGUUCUAACAGAUUUAAUCUUAGGGUUUUUAAAGUCUCUCAUUAAUGGUCCAAGAAAAGAUCUAAAAAUAAUUGUCAUGUCUGCCACAUUACAGGCAAAAAAAUUUAGCGACUUCUUCGAUAAUGCACCAAUCUUAUUCGUUGAAGGUAGAAAAUUUAAUGUGUCACAGUACUACCUGAAAGAGCGCUCUGAAGAUAUUGUAGAUAGUAUCAUAAAGUGUUGCGUACAAAUUAAUCAAGGUGAGCAGCUAGGUGACAUUUUAUGUUUUUUACCUGGCCAAGAAGAAAUUGAUAAAGCAGUAACUAUAUUGAACAAAAUAAGCGAAGCCAUCCACAAAGAAACAAAAGUUCCAUUGAUGAUAGCAUUUCCAUUGUAUGCUGCAUUGUCUCCUGCAAAGCAAGCGCUAGUUUUUGCCCCAAUUAAAGGUUUUAAAAGGAAGGUAAUUUUCAGUACCAAUGUUGCUGAAACUUCUGUCACCAUAUCAGGAAUAAAAUUUGUUGUGGAUUCUGGACUUCGCAAAGUUAAAGUUUGGAGGCAUCAAUUAGGUUUAGCCACUUUAUUAACGGUACCAAUAUCGCAAGCCAGUGCUCUGCAGAGAAGUGGUAGAGCAGGUAGAGAAAGUGAAGGUAAAUGUUACAGACUAUAUCCUGAGGGAGACUUCAUGAAAUUACCGCAACAAACAGAACCUGAAAUUGCUCGUAGCGAUAUUACAUCCUCUGUCUUAAUGCUAAAAAGAUAUAACGUCAACGAUAUUAUUAAUUGGACCUGGUUCGAGAAUCCGGGAAAGGAAGCCAUUAUUAUGGGUUUACAGACAUUGUACGAACUUGGCGCUUUGGAUGACUUUGGUAAAAUUACUAGACGUGGGGAACAAAUGGCUCUCCUACCGCUCCAACCUCAUUUAAGUAGCGUCUUGAUUAGGGCAGGCGAGACUGGGUGUUUAGGAAAGGUCAUUGACAUUGUUUCCUGUUUGAGUGUCGAAAAUUUGUUGCUUAAUCCACAACCUGAAGAACGGGAUGAAGUCAAUGAACGUCGUUUAUCUCUGUGUACGGAUGGUAAGAGAUAUGGUGAUUUGAUUAUGAUGAAAGAACUUUUUGAUAUAUAUUUUUAUGAAUUAGACAAUGGAACAGCAUCUGCUUCAGAAAGGCAAGAUUGGUGUAAAGAAUUGUGUAUAUCAUACCGUGGAUUCAAAAACGUUGUGAAGGUAAGAGAACAAUUAAGGAUGUAUUGUAAAAAACUUUUCAACUCUUCUGAUUUAAUAGAUGAUGUGGAUACAAGGAGAGUUGGUGGAAAUAACGAUGAAGUUGCUCAGAUUUUAAAAUGUUUCUUGAGUGGGUUCUCUAAGAACAGUGCCAUUGGUAUGCCUGAUAGAUCGUAUCGUACAGUAACAACCGGUGAGACCAUAAGUGUUCAUCCGUCUUCAAUUCUUUUCUUAAACAAAUCAUGUCCUGCUAUAAUGUACACUGAAUUUGUAUUCACUACCAAAGGUUAUGCAAGAAAUGUUAGCAGGAUCGAACUUGCGUGGUUACAAGAGACUUUACAUAACAGCACUCCUGUUGUUAAACAGAAAAUAGCUAAAUAA